AUGUUUUUCACGCAUAAGUCACCGGAUACAGCUGUGCUCGCCGCUCGCCGUCAUCAGGUCCAUUGUUGCCGCCGUAAAAAACAUCCCGAGACGACGUCAUGCUCCCUUCUCGAUUUGAUUGCUGACGAAAUCCAGGUGGUCGAUGGCGGCAGCGUCGGGACUUUGGAAGCAGUAGAAAGUGGAGGUCCGGUGGUCGCAAAGGAGAUUGAAGGCGCGACGGAGGAUGAAGAUGUUGAUAGAGUGACGGAGAUGGUUGACCACCAUGGUGGAUGCGAUGACGGCAACUGGUGUUGCAACUAA